CCGCUGUGUGUUGCUCUUCUUCCUGAAAAGACACUUGAGUUGGAGCCGCUGAUGUCCGUAAGGAGAUACUGUAAUAUCUCAUCCCAAGGUUGCUGAACGUAUUGUCAACCUCCACAUGGCAGAGUACCACCCAUUUACAGAAUAAACAAAGUGCCAUCAGCUCCAGAACAUUGUGCUCUUAGAUGCCGCUCAAUCUCUGCGUUUGCAAAUGGCUUGCUGUCUGAAGGACGAGCUCCUCUGUUCCAUCUGCCUCAGCAUCUACCAGGACCCUGUCAGCUUUGGCUGCGAGCACUAUUUCUGUAGAAAGUGCAUCACUGAGCAUUGGAGCAGGCAGGAGGCUCACGGAACGCGGGAUUGCCCUGAGUGCCGGAGGACCUUCGCCGAUCCACUCCUUUCCCCAAGUCUCAAGUUGUCCAACAUUGUAGAGCGCUACUCGGCCUUCCCUCUUGACGCCAUCCUGAAUGCUCAGCGGAGCUCCUACCCCUGCAAGGACCACGAGAAGGUGAAGCUCUUCUGCCUCACUGACAAAAGCCUGGUUUGCUUCUUCUGUGACGAGCCGGCGCUGCACGAGCAACACCAAGUGACAACUAUUGACGAGGCGUACGAGGAGAUUCAGAGGGAGAUGAAGGAGCAGCUGGCCACCCUGCAGGACAGUGAGAGGGGACACACCGAGGCCCUGCAGCUCCUGCAGAGACAACUUACUGAGACCAAGUCCUCAGCCAAGAGCCUGCGAGCAACCAUCGGCGAUGCAUUCGAGCGGCUUCAUCGCUUCCUGCGAGAACGUCAGAAGAGCAUGUUGGAGGAGUUGGAGAUGGAUACAGCCCGCAAGCUAGCUGACAUCGAACACAAGAUCCAGCGUUACAGUCAGCAGCUGCGUGACGUUAAGGAGGGCAUCCAGAUCCUGCAGGAGCGCCUAAAUGAAACAGGCCGCCAUGACUUCCUGGAGGGCGUAGCCGUCACAUCUGAGAGGAUUAAAGGGAAGAUACAUGAGACCAAUCUGACGUAUGAGGACUUCCCAACAUCCAAGUACAUGGGGCCCUUACAGUACACAAUAUGGAAAUCACUUUUCCAGGACAUUUCACCAGUGCCAGCAGCAUUGACCCUUGACCCUAUCACAGCCCACCAAAGACUGAUCCUCUCAGACGACUGCACCAUUGUGGCCUAUGGGAAUCUCCAUCCUCAACCUCUGCAGGACUCCCCUCGGCGCUUUGACGUGGAGGUGUCUGUUCUGGGUGCAGAGGGCUUCACAUCAGGAGUUCAUUACUGGGAAGUGAUGGUGUCGGAGAAAACGCAGUGGAUGAUCGGGGUGGCCAGCGAGACGGUGAGUCGCAAAGGCAGCAUCCAGAUCCAGCCGAGCCGCGGCUUUUACUGCAUUGUAAUGCACGACGGGAACCAGUACAGCGCCUGCACUGAGCCCUGGACCCGCCUCAACGUCAAGAGCAAGCUAGAGAAGGUGGGGGUGUUCCUGGACUACGCUAAAGGCCUGCUCAUUUUCUAUAAUGCAGAUGAUAUGUCCUGGCUCUACACCUACCGAGAGAAAUUCCCCCUGAAGGUCUUCCCUUACUUCAGCCCAGGCCAGAGUCAUGCUAAUGGCAAAAAUGUGCAACCUCUGCGUAUCAACACUGUCCGUCUUUAAGAGCAACACACUUUCGUGGUGGCAGUUGUCCCGACAGUUAUGGGUGAAUUCACAGAACAUGUGUUUAAAAAAUGCUUAAUAGGGUGUUUGAAAUGUUUGUUUCUUUCAGUUUGAUGUUAGAAAUCAUGCUUGAUGUUGCUCUCAAAAUUUGUGCUUGUUUAUUAUUUUUCUAAUCCUUAAAAUGAUUGCCUCAUUUGCAUCAUGUUCUACCAAAGUGCUGAUUCAGUUUUGGUGUUUGAGCUAGGUCUAAGUAAAGAGGAGGCAAAGAAGUGGUUUGAUUUUUUUUCUUUUCCACAGCAGCGUUAUUAUGUCUCUUUACAUCUUUAAUCCCAUACAUGUUUCGACCCACCGUCUUGUGUAUUCUGAAUUUUGUAAAGGACGACAGUGCAGGGAGGCAGCUAAUCCUCACAGGUUACAAUAUUUUUCCCAUUUUUCCUGCAAACCGGUGUCUUAAUAUCACCAAUCUAGUUUAUAAACUGUAGCAGCUGGUGUUUGUGAAAGCUGCAAUGCUAACAGCCGUUUCCAAACCCUGACCUGACCGGUAUUAACGAUGCCGCUGUAAACACGGUUUAUGCUGCUUUUAGCAGGAUAUAUAAACCCUAAAUGGUGAAAUGGGAAUGUUAAGACAUGUGACAACACUUAUAAAUAUAGUUGCGAACGUGAUUAAUUCUGUUUUAAAAUGGUGAUUGCAAAUGCCGUACUACUUUGACGGCAGCAUUUGUUUACGCAAUUUAUAACAUAAUAUUGAUCAGUGACAAAUCAGAUGAACACACAGCUCUUGUGUUUGCUGCUUUGAUUUCACAUCCGUGUUGAAACUUUUUUUUUUUUGUUAAUUCUCUCUCAAAUUAAAUAGACCAAACAUUACCCUGACUCUGGAUUUAAACACAUUUUAGUUGCUCUAGUUGUUGCUACUGGUGCACCAGAUUUUCAGAGCUGGAGCCAGUGCUUUCUGAGAUUGGUUUGAAGUUGGGUAUUUAACUCUGCACCAGCACUGGAGCCACUUUGGUGGAAAAGCAUCCAAUAAGAACGGGAAACCUCCCUUUUACAGUGACUAAGGCCCACCUUGCACUAUGUCAUGGGGCUUCCUAUCAAGCUCUUUGCUUGUUAGACUUGACAUUCCUUGUUUUUUUUCACUAAACAGAGAGAAUAGUGAAAACCGAUCACUUAUCUUCUCAGUGCUGUUAAGUUGGUUUAGCUUUUUUUGUGAAAUGUGAUGUGACACCACUCGUAUUGGCUUUUGGUGAGCCAUAAAUCCACUCUGGUAGCAUCAAGUCUGCUGGCUUCCUUUGUUUUUUAUAAUUAUUAUUAAAAACUAAAAGCAAUUUGGCUUUGAUUAGCCCAAAGUAAAUAAAGCAACAAUCUUAUUGAUCAUGAACUCCAUGAUCUUAGCUUCUCUUGCUAAUCACUUCCACGUGUUUCUGUAGAGUCUUUAUCAAUGUAAGGAAAGUUCCUGUUACUCGUACCGGCCGUUAUUGAAAACUUUCAGUGAAAGAAGGAGAAGCACAUACUGCAUGCUGUCCCUCUUUAUCCGGUGCUCAGUGGUAAGUCUUUAGAGGAGGUAGUUUGUGCAGAAAUAUGCUGCUAAUGUUGGAGGAAUAAGUUUGAUGUUUGUAUUUAAAAUAUCAAAGUUAAAACUGACUAAGUGUCUCAUCAUGCUGGCUCAUGUUUAAGUUUCUGCCCUUUCCCCCAAACCUAUCAUUAUGGUAAAAAUCUCUUACACUACAUCUGCGGUGUUUUGUCUUCUUCUUUUUCUUCCUUUUGUUAAUUUUCAUUUUAUGUUUUUUAUUUUUUAUUUUUAUUUUUUUGGUCACUUUGGUGUUAAAGUGAAAUACUGUACUACUUCCAGACAUGACUAUUUUAUUUAUUAUUUCGUCUUAAUAUCAUAUAAAUAUUGAAUCGUACUGUCAGAUCAGAUGAGACCUAACUUCUCAGAUGUGAAACACUGCAAACUUUAAGAUCUUUUGUUGCUCAAAAAGCUGCAAAUGCUGCAAAGACCAACUGUUUUCGUUUUAAGUCUCAUCAUUAAUCAAAUGAAAUUGAGCUGAAUGUUUCGGGGAAUGGCAAUUGUCAACUAUAACAGUGAUGGAUGGGUGAAGUUUGCACAACGAUGCAGUUGCCCACAUUGCUAACUCUGCUGCUGUGUUGCAUAAUGAUAACAAUCACUGAUAAUUCCUCUGAGGCUCAAUUCGUGUUUAUGUCUCUGCCCCCACGUGCCUCAAGUGCUCUUGUUUAUCAUUAGUUAAACACAAGUCCAGUAAAAUCUGCUGUUAGAGCCUGUAGUUCCUCAGCCAGUUCCAGCAUACCAAGAGUGUGUGUUUGUGUGUGUGUGUGUGUUUGUGUCUUUGGUUGGGUGUGCCUGUGCAGCCUGGCUCAGCUGCAAUUUUAAAUCCAGCUUUGGCUGUUGUUGUAAAAGCCCAUCUUGUUCUCCAAACAUACCCAUGCAGUGGCCAAAAAUGUUAAUUGCACAAUACUUUUAGAUCAAGUAAAGUUCAACUGAUUUUUUUUUUCCCCCUCCUCUCUGAGAAAUCCACAUAUGAACAAAACAAAAAUGACAACCUUUCUGUGCCACUGUAGAUCUUUGAAUUUGUAUGUGUGUUGUCUGUGUUGUCAUAUAUAAAUGGGGGCAGUGCCCUUACUUUCAUAGGAAGUAAUACUGGUAUGUGCAGUAUGAUGCAAACUAGGAUCAAAUUGUGUUCACCUGCACAAUAUUCUUGGUGUCUGUUUUAACUUGCAGUUAAUGUCACUGACCAACACCUGAUUAAGUUAAUUUUCUAAAUAUCUGUACCCAGACGAGCCUGCUUGUGGAUUUAUUGAAGAUUUUCAGGAUUAUUUGUGUAAGAUAUUUCAGUUAUUUUCUCUGAAAAAUCUACAAUGUAAAUCUCAAGCAGCUGCAGCUUCAUGCAGGUUUGAACAGUUUGACCCCAGUCUGCCGUGUCACAGACCUCGGUGGACCGCUUCAUCAAGACUUUGUGAACAUUAAGAGGAAGAUUAAUGUAAGGUGGUGUAGGUUUACUGGUGAUGGUGGUAAAAGCUAAUGGUAUAAAUGAUUAUAAUGAUCAUAACUAUGACACUUUUAAUAACUAUAAUGAUGAUUGUGAUGAUGGCCACUGCACACCCAUCAUUGUGUGAACACACUCUGGUGUGCUUUUCUGCUGGAAGUUUGUGAGAAAUGUUUUAAUGUACAAUAAAUGACUAUA